AGAACGAGAAGUAGAUAUACGAAUACCCUCCAACUAAGAUCAAUCAGAGGCGGGAAGAGGAAGUCCAACACAACAACUACUUUUCGGAGCCUCUGUUCCAGAUCUUUCGUCUUGCGCUUUUACAAAGUUUCACUUUCAAGUCCAUGCAUAUGAUCAUUUAAAACAGACCAAAAGGCACCAAGAUGGGCAACGCAAUUGGACUUGAGGAGGACCUCAACCUUGCUUCGGUCCUCGAAAUCCCGCAGUGCUUCUGUGUCUCCGAGAGACGGGGUCGCAAUAACUGCACCCCGGUCAACCCGAUAAGUUGCGAUGUCCAUUGCGAGGACCCCGAGGAUCGGCGGCAGCGGGAGCGGUUUCUGCUCCAAAACACGCUUCCGCAGCAGCUUCCAGAUUUCCACACGCGGCUGGCACGCGCCAAAGGCGCGCAACUGCAUGACCAACUGCCGCGGGUGAUGGUGUGGCGCGAAAACGUGAACCCAGCCGCGACUAAUCGAAGACCAUACCCUCCGCAUGCAAGCGGUGUACACGCGAACAGCGGCGACCAAUCGCAGCUGCCAGCUUGGGCGGAGGAAACCGAUGACGAAGAGGAGGAGGUGGAAGUAUCAACGCAAGACAGCAUGCUGAAUUUUUCCGCGCGAGGAGCGAACUGCGCUUUGACAGUCUUGUACAACCAGAAGACCAUGGUCGGAAAAAGUGUGAAACUUGGGCCAGCAUCAAAUGUGAGUCAAGGAGGAGCUACAUCUUCAUCAUCUGGAGCAGUCUCGGCGUCUGCUACUAACAAUUCAGCCGAUAAUUUUCAGUUCUUCAACUUUGUGAUUCCAUCCGGCAAUCCGAAAAGUGUGCACUUCAAACUCGAUCGGUUGGAUCACGAUUACCCAAUGCAGUUCCAGCUCGACACCGAUUUUGGGGUGCAAAUCGGUGGCCUCGACAUUCUCCCGCUUUUGACGCUGGAAAGAGCGUUCUACGAGGAGGACCUGCGCUUCCUGGCCACCAAUAGAAACUCCGCCAGGAAGCAAAGCUCCUCCGCUUCUUCUCCACAGAAAUUUUCGCCCGACGCUGCCAACGCAGACGCCAUGGCGCGCCGCAAUCUCCGCGACCAACAGCAGGGCAGCAGCCCAAUAACCGGGAGAGCGGUUGCAUCUGCGUCCAUGCCAAACUGCAACUCCCCGACGAGUCGCUUGAACGCCGGCGAAGGAGUGACAGAUGACGCCCUAGGCGCAGCAGCAGGACUGCCGGCAACAGCAUCUUCGCCAGUAACCUCACCAACGCGUGGACCUGCUGCCACCGCGGCGUUCUCGCCUGAUCAGACGCGCCGACGCUCCAUGUCCCCGCAGCGCCAGCAGGAAAAGCUUAGCGUGGAAGUCAGAGACGGGGGAGUCUGUGUGAUUCCGGGCCUCUACACGAUGAAAAAUGAGGUGGAGCUCGAGGUGCGCGGAAUGGCGGGGACGGAAGAGGUUUCGCUGUAUUUGAACGGCGGCGAAGCAGUGCUCGACACGCAGGUCCGGCUGACGCCGCAAUUUCGGACGCUCAAGUAUAGUGCACUUUGAGUCUUAUGAUCUUUCCGUGUGAAGAAGACUAUCUGCUUGCGGCUCGCACAUUCUUUUUCUUGCAGCUUGUGCAGGAGCUGCUUAUACUUACAUCAAAAAUCAAGUGACCUCGAGCGUGUGGCACAAGCAACAACGAGUGAAAAUCGCAAACACAGGUACUACAUCACCCCCUUGGCCUACCACGUGCACAGUCUCGAUUUUCUCUUUCGCUUUCGGGAGGACGCCCGCCCCUCGCUCGAUUUACAGCCCUGUGUCGUCGUCAGCCGUCGGAUCGGGGUGCUGUGCCGGGGAAAGCAAAACAUCCUUCCCAGCACUAUCCUGUGCAGAAGUAUCGCACUCGUACUAAUUGCAUAUAUGCAUGACAAAUAUCUUUCCUAGUGCAAAACAGCGUUACAAAUUCCACUUUUCUUCUUGCCAAAAUUUGUCAUGCAAUUUAUACUAGUGCGAUACUUCUGCAAUGCAUAGCCGCCGUGUAUUACCCACUGGAUCCGGAGAAUCGCAGCGGUGGAGGCGACCCGCAGGACGAGGAGGACCUGCAGGUGGUGCGCAACGGCAUUUUUCGCCGCCCGGGGAUUUACCGCAUGAUGCCGUACGGGAAGGCUUUGAAAACUUUAAUCGACUCGGCGGGAGCGGCGGUAGCGACAAAUCCGGGAGGAGUUUUACAACCCUCGCGCCAGCUUCUGCCGGGACAAAACAGGAACGCACGGAGUUCCUCGAGCGGCUCCUCUGCAAGUGGCACGACCGACGGCGGACGCGACGCGGGUUCAGCAGCUGCCUCAAAUCGGUCGGCGUACGGAUUCGUCUCGAAUAGUACCGGGUCUGGCGGAGGGGGGCCUCUUCACGCUACACCUACGCUGCAAGCUUUUGCUGGGCGAAGGAUUUGA